GGAACUGAGGAGAGCACUUCAGCGCGCGGCGCGGGCGCAGCAGGCGGGCGAGCCUGCCGAGAGCGAGCCUGGAGCUGCGGGGUUGCAGUGCUAUGAGGCAGCGGCUCAGGGCGCGCAGGCUGGCGGUCUGGCGAGGCUGGCCGGCACCCGGCCCCAGCUGCUGCUCCGGAGGCUGCUGAGCGCCGGGCGGCCCGCGCCGAGAGUGGAGAGGCGGCGGCGGAGCGCGAGGGCAGCUGCGGCGGCUCGGGUUGGCCUCGUGGUCGGGAUUCCCGGGGUGGAACCAUGCGAGUAGCCAGGUGGCUGACGGGGCUGCUCUACCAGCUCUCGCUUUUCCUCACCAGGUCGUGGGAAGUUCAUUUCCACCCCAGACAAGAAGCUCUGGUGAAGACACUGGCCUCCUACGAAGUGGUGACCCCCGCGAGGGUCAAUGAGUUCGGAGAUGUGUUCCCUGAGAGCCGCCACUUCAGCCGCAGGAAGCGCAGCUCCGGGGCUGUGGAGCCCACGCCGUUCAGGACCCAAUACCGCAUCAGCGCCUACGGGCAGCUCUUCCAGCUGAACCUGAGCGCUGAUACGGCUUUUCUGGCUGCCGGCUACACCGAGGUGCACUUGGGGACCCCCGCGCAUGAGGUCCUGGGGCGCAGCGCGAUGGCCCCAGACCUGCGCCACUGUUUCUACCGCGGCCAGGUCAACGCGCGGGAGGAUCACACGGCUGUCUUCAGCCUCUGCGGAGGACUGAUGGGAACAUUUAAAACACAUGAUGGAGAAUAUUUCUUAGAACCUAUCAUGAGGGCAGAUGGGCGUGAACAGGAAGAUGACCACAACAAGCCACAUCUCAUAUACAGACAGGAACUAAAGAGUAACUCUUUUCUACAGCCUCACAGGCCUUGUGCAGUUUCAGAAAAUCAAAUAAAGAAAACUACUUUACACUUGCACAACUACAGCAACACAAAUGAAGAUCUUAACAUAAAGAAGGAAAUGGUUUUGGGGUACUCUUCAAAAAAUAGGUCUUUGGAAGAUGAAAGAAGUCAAUUACAUUCCAGGAAUAAACGUUUCUUAUCAUACCCAAGAUAUGUGGAAGUCAUGGUGACUGCUGAUGCUAAAAUGGUUCAUCAUCAUGGACAGAAUUUGCAGCACUAUGUCCUGACCCUAAUGUCAAUCGUUGCAGCAAUCUACAAAGAUUCAAGUAUUGGAAAUCUUAUAAACAUAGUAAUUGUAAAAUUAGUUGUAAUUCACAAUGAGCAGGAAGGACCAGUCAUCAGUUUUAAUGCAGCUACCACACUACGCAACUUUUGUUUAUGGCAACAAACUCAGAAUGUUCUUGAUGAUUCUCACCCUUCCCACCAUGAUACUGCUGUUCUUAUCACUAGGGAAGACAUUUGUGGAGCUAGAGAGAAAUGUGACACAUUAGGCUUAGCAGAAUUAGGUACCUUGUGUGACCCUCUACGGAGCUGCUCUAUUAGUGAAGAAAAUGGACUCAGUGCUGCCUUUACUAUUGCCCAUGAGCUUGGGCACGUAUUUAAUGUUCCACAUGAUGAUAGUUUUAAGUGUAAAGAAUCUGGAAUUAAGCAUCAAUAUCAUGUAAUGGCCCCAACUCUAAAUUACCAUACGAGUCCUUGGACCUGGUCAAAAUGUAGUCAGAAAUAUAUCACUGAAUUCCUAGAUACUGGUCAUGGAGAGUGCCUUCUUGACAAGCCAAAUGCAAGAGUAUAUGACCUAUCCACACAACUCCCUGGCUUAAUAUACGAUGUAAACAAGCAGUGUGAACUUAUGUUUGGCCCUGGAUCACAAGUGUGUCCUUAUUUGAAACAGUGCCGGCGUCUGUGGUGCACAAGCGCGGAGGGCAAGCACAGGGGCUGUCGCACACAGCACAUGCCGCUGGCAGAUGGAACGAGCUGUGGUCCUGGGAUGCAUUGCUACCAUGGGCUGUGUGUAAACAAGGAAAUGGAGACACGUCCUGUAGAUGGUGAAUGGGGACCAUGGGGACCUUACAGUUCUUGUUCAAGAACGUGUGGAGGUGGAAUCAAAAGCACAACCAGGCUCUGUAAUCGCCCUGAGCCACGAAACGGAGGAAAGUACUGUGUGGGCCGCAGGAUGAAAUUUCGAUCAUGUAAUACUGAUUCAUGUCCAAAAGGCAAGCAAGACUUCCGAGAGAAGCAGUGCUCUGAUUAUGAUGGUAAACAUUUCAACAUCAAUGGUCUUUCUCCUAAUGUGAGGUGGCUUCCAAAGUACAGUGGGAUUGCCAUAAAAGAUCGCUGUAAACUCUAUUGUCGGGUUGCUGGAACCACUAAUUUCUACCAGUUGAAGGAUAGGGUUGCCGAUGGUACCCCAUGUGGAACUGAAACCAAUGACAUCUGUGUUCAAGGCCUCUGCCGGCAAGCUGGCUGUGAUCAUGUGUUAAACUCCAAGGCCAAGAGGGACAAAUGUGGAGUGUGUGGUGGAAAUAACUCCUCCUGCAGGACCAUGGCUGGCGUCUUCAACAGUGCCCAUUACGGUUACAAUGUUGUUGUAAAGAUUCCCACAGGAGCAACAAACAUUGAAAUUCUUCAGCACAGCUAUUCUGGAAAACCAGAAGAUGACAAUUACCUUGCAUUAUCUGAUGCUCAGGGGAAUUUUCUUUUGAAUGGAAAUUUUGUUGUGAGUAUGUCAAAAAAAGACAUCAACAUACAGGGAGCUAUUUUUGAAUACAGUGGAUCAAAUAACUCAGUGGAAAGAAUUAAUAGUACUGAUCGACUGGAAGAAGAGCUUGUUUUGCAGGUGUUAUGUGUGGGUAAUUUAUACAACCCUGAUGUGCGCUACUCCUUCAACGUGCCUGUGGAGGGGAGGACUGACCUGUUCACGUGGGACCCCUACGGACCAUGGCAAGACUGUACCAAAAUGUGUCAAGGUGUUCAUAGAAGAAGAAUCACCUGUAUACGUAAGAGGGAUCAGAUGAUUAUGCCUGAUCAAAGUUGUGACCACUUGCCACUUCCAUCAUUUAUAACAGAAAAGUGCAAUACAGACUGUGAACUAAGGUGGCACAUCAUUGGCAAAAGUGACUGUUCAUCCCACUGUGGCCAAGGAUAUAGGUCCUUAGAUGUCCACUGCAUGAAGUAUUCUGUUCAUAAAGGACAGACUGUUCCAGUAGAGGACCACUACUGCAGUGACCAGCUGAAACCUCCUACCCGAGAAACAUGCCAUGGGGACUGUGUCUUAAUAAGAUGGCAUUAUUCAGAGUGGUCCCAGUGUUCCAGAAGUUGUGGAGGAGGGGAAAAGUCCCGAGAAUCUUACUGUGUAAAUAACUUUGGCCACCGUCUUGCUGAGAGAGAAUGUCAAGAGCUUCCCCGAGUGAUGCUAGAGAAUUGCAAUGAAUUUUCUUGUCCUAUUUGGGCCACUAGUGAGUGGAGUGAGUGUCUUGUUACAUGUGGAAAAGGAACAAAGCAGAGGCAGGUAUGGUGUCAAUUGAAUGAAGAUCGCUUGAGUGAUGGUUUCUGCAAUCUAAGUACCAAACCUGAAUCUCUGAGACCAUGUGAAUUUCAUACAUGUGCUUCCUGGCAAGUAGGACCAUGGGGUUCCUGCACAGCCACCUGUGGAUAUGGGUAUCAGAUACGUGCUGUUAAAUGUGUCAGCGAGCUGUUCAAUGCAGUGGUGGAUGACAGAGAAUGCCAAGAAGCCAGUCACCCAGGUGACAGGCAGGACUGUACAGUUACCCCUUGCCUAAUUACCCCUAACACUGGGGCCACAUCAUUACCAGCUCUUCCCAUGGCAAACAUAGCACAAUGGCGGCAUGGAUCUUGGACCCCAUGCUCUGUGUCUUGUGGAAGAGGUAAUCAAGCUCGCUAUGUAAGCUGUCGCGAUGCUGAUGAUGAAAUAGCCGAUGAAUCAUAUUGUGCCCACUUGCCCAGACCCGCUGAAAUAUAUGCCUGUUUUAGCCCUUGUGGAGAAUGGCAAGCAGGAAAUUGGUCACCUUGUUCAGCUUCCUGUGGCCGUGGAAAAACAACUAGACAAGUUUUAUGCAUCCACUACCACCAGCCAACUGAUGAGAAUUUCUGUGACCCGGAAGUUCGCCCUUUGGCGGAACAAGAAUGCAACCUGGCAGCCUGCCCACCGACAUAUAGCCACUUUCCUAGUUCUUCUGAGCAGUCCAGCCGUUUCUCAGGCCAGAAUUUUCCAUUAACUCACAAACCUGAAGAUAAUGAAAAUCAGGGGGGGCAUCUGUCAAUCAGAGGAAACCAGUGGAGAAUGGGACCAUGGGGAUCAUGCUCUCACAGCUGUGCUGGGGGUCUGCAGCACAGGGCUGUGGUCUGCCAGGAUGGAAAUGGACAGAGUGUCAGUCUCUGUGACACAGCCUCAAAGCCACCAGAGACAAAGAACUGUGAUUUGGGACCCUGUCCACGCUGGAACUAUGGAAGCUGGGGAGAAUGUACACAAACAUGUGGAGGAGGAAUAAAGUCAAGAUUUGUAAUAUGUCAGUUCCCCAAUGGCCAAGUGUCACAAGAGCACAGCUGUGAAAUGCUAAGCAAGCCGCCUAGUGUGGCACAGUGUCAUGUGCAUGCCUGCCCUGAUGAGGUGUCAUGGCAUCGGGGACCGUGGAAAUGGUGCUCAGCUUCUUGUGGUAAAGGUAUAAAGUACCGUGAAGUGCUCUGUGUUGACCAAUUCCAAGAGAAAGUAGAAGAGAAAUACUGCAGCCAUCUGAGGAAACCUAGAACCCACAAAGCUUGUAGAUCUGUCAGAUGCCCUUCAUGGAAAGCCAAUAGAUGGAAGGAGUGCUCUGUGACCUGUGGAUCUGGAGUUCAGCAAAGAGAUGUGUACUGCAGACUGAGAGGCAUUGGUCGGGUGGCUGAAGAAAUGUGCAAUCGGUCCACCCAACCUUAUUUUCAGAGGCAAUGUUGGCGUCAGGACUGUGUGAAGUACCAGUGGAUGGCGGGAGGGUGGCUUGAUUGUUCAACAUCAUGUAAGAAAAAAGAGACUCAUCGGCUAGUGGCAUGCAUUGAUGCACAAAACACAGAAGUGAAUGAGAGCUUCUGUGAUCCUUCAACCAGACCUCUUUCUGUGAAAAAGUGCAGGAACCUGCCCUGCAAGUAUAUAGUGGUAACAGGAGACUCAGCACAGUGUGCAGGUAAUUGUGGAUUUAGUUAUGGACAAAGGAUUACAUAUUGCAUUGGGAUCCAGUCUACUAAGAAAUAUAAGCCCCAUCAACUUUGGCCCAUAGUCUAUCGAGAAUGCCCUGUGCUACCUCCCUUUCAGGUUUACAAAUGCAGUAUUAAAAGCUGUUUGCAUGUGACCACUUGGAAAGUUGGCAAAUGGAGCGAGUGCUCAGUGACUUGUGGAGUUGGGAUAAUGGAGAGAAGAGUAGAAUGCUUGGAUGAGAAUGAUUGGCCCAGUGACUUGUGUUUAAAGCGCUUAAAACCUGAUGCUCAAAAGAAGUGUUACAUCUAUGACUGUAAAUCAUUUACCACCUGCAAAGAUAUCCAAGUUAAAAACAAUAUUACCGAGGAUGGUGACUAUUAUCUGAACAUCAAAGGAAGAAUAAUAAAGAUACAUUGUGUGGGCAUGCACUUGGAGAACCCCAAGGAAUAUUUAUCACUGGUCAAAGGUGAAGAAGACAACUUUUCUGAAGUAUAUGGAUUAAGACUACAAAAUCCAUAUGAAUGUCCUUUUAACGGAAGUAGGAGGAAAGAUUGCAAAUGUAAAAAUGACUACCUAGCAGCUGGAUACACUGUUUUCAGCAAAAUAAGAAUUGAUCUCACUUCCAUGCAAAUUAAAACUACAGAUCUUCUUUUUUCCCAGACACUAGUUGGAAAAGCAGUUCCAUUUGCCACAGCUGGAGAUUGCUAUAGCGCUUCCAGAUGCCCACAGGGACAGUUCAGCAUUAAUUUGGCAGGAACUGGAAUGAAGAUAUCCAGCACAGCAAAAUGGCUUGCUCAAGGGAGGUAUGUCUCCGUCACAAUACACAGAUCUCAGGAUGGAACCAAAGUCUAUGGUAGGUGUGGAGGGUUCUGUGGAAAGUGUGUUCCUCACAUGACUACUGGUCUCCCAAUUCAAGUAACAUGACCAUUUGGAAGAGGAAAGGAUGCCCCAAAGAGAAAGGAUUCUCUGGAAUACGCAAAUGACUGGUGCUCCGUUCUUUACUUCUCCCUCCCUGAGACUUCCAUAUCUAAAGGGUCUCAGCUUUCUUUUUAAGGUGCUUAUUAGGAAUUUAAAUCACAGAAAACCAUAAAUAUAAGCAUAACUGAUACAUAAUGAGGAACAUUUUAAAAGAACAUAAUUUAUGAUAGGGGAAUACAAGCAUGUUUGAAGGAUUAUGCCAAGACAAUGUCUCUGUCAACAGCUUAGACUGGACCACAAUUAUAUUGUACCAUUAAAUGCACAUGUAAAUGUCUGCUCAGUAUCCUAUUAUACAAUGAAAUGUUUAUUCUAUUUGAUAAAAUAGACUAAGUAAAAAUUAGAAAAACUUUAUUCAAAACUACUAUAAACAUUAUUAAAUCUGUCAUGUGAAUAUGAAAUCAAUAGUUACAUCAAAAAGUACAUAGCCAUUAUACUUACUGAUACAGUGUAGAUACCUUGUUUAAUUUUUCCUUUAAUUUUAAGUGUGGAUUAUGGUGCUUCAACGAGAAAAAAAAAGUCCUGAAAAUGUGGUACAAAUUUUGUAUUAAAAAUUCACGCUUGCAUUAAAUACUAAAUAUAAAAUUUUGUGGGUAUUAGAAGGCAUGAUAUACUAUAAUUUGAUUUUUAAAAAUCUACCUCCAAUUUUAUUGUACUUAUAAGAGCAAUAUAUUAUUUUUAUAAUAUUUAUACAGUAUUAAAACUUUAUAACUAUUAUAUAUGUAUAUAGCUAGCCUUUUUAAAAUAUAUUUUCUCAACAUUAUGUACUGUAUUUUAUUAACCAAACUGAAAAGUGAGAAUUCUUGAAAUUUUGAAGAUUUUAUUCUGGUAAACAUAAAUUUAUAUUUACAUAUAUAAAGAUUUUAUUAGAAAUAUUCAAGUUAUUUUAUAUUGGAGGUUCUCAAAGUCAGAACAAAGACAUCAGUAUAAAAAUUAACUCUUCGGAGGGAAGUUCAUAGAUGUUAAGAGGUUUUUUCCCCAUUGGCUAAUUUAAUUGUGUAUUAUUUAAUACUAUGAUUUUAAAAGAUAGGUUGACAAAUAAUAUUUUUAUCUAUGGCUAUUUGCUCUGAAAGCAAACAAACAGAAUCUACUAAUAGAUUUUGCCAGUUAAUAGUAGUAUACUAGUUUUACCCACAGAGUGCCCCCCAACAUUUGGUAGGGUUAUAUUGUAUCAUAUAAGGUACUAAAGCAAUUUUGUGCCAGUGUGGUUGAAUAAACAUUAGGGGAUCUCUGUAUCAGAAAAGAAGUAUUUUGCACUAUGUGCCUUAAACCAGUAACAAACAUUAAUAUGAAGUGUGUAAUAUUUCCCAGAACUGUUUUCAUUU